GGCCAGUUGUGAUACAGCCUGUAAUCGAACCAGGGUCUGUAGUGACGCCUCUAGCACUGAGAUACAGUGCCUUAGACCUUUGCACCACUCAGGUUCAGGUUUUCCGACCUCCAAAGGAGUGUUAUGUUUAGAUGGGUCCUGCUGCUACUGAAUGAUUUCAUGGAGGUUCUGUAAGUGUUUUGUUCUGCAUCUUCACUCUUUCUACCAGUGACAGCGGGUCAGAUCGAGGUGUCCCUCCCUCUGUUUCUGUCUGAGGAGGGGGGAGCCCCUCACCCCUACAGGGUGCUGUCUCUCAGUGCCACCCCUCACCCCCCCAGCAUCACCUUCCUCCCCCCUCGAGUCCUCCUCACCCCUGUCCCUCUGGACACACCCUCCACCACCACCCUCUUCCUGCUCCCCACCGGGUACCCCAGUGGUUCCUGUCUGCGUGUGGAGGUGGAGGAGAUGGUUCUGAAGGAUGGCAGUCGGGUGAAGACCCUCUCAGUCAGCCUGCCCCACAACGGCACCGUCCCUCCCAAGACCCACACAGAGCCCCAGACCCCUAUCAGCUGCACAGUGACCUUCUGCUCCCCUCAGCCCCUGGACCUCAGCUCACACAUCACAUUCCUGGACCACCUCAACAACAGGUUCAGGGUGGAGGUCUGUGCUACAGCAGAUAACAGUUUGUUGACAGUGUGGCCCUACCUGGCUCUGCACCGCUCUGAGCAGCAGAUAGUCCUCAAGAGUGGUUAUCUGAGCGGUUGCAGCGGCGAAUCAGGGCCCUCUCAGAUGACAGGGAAGGCGGUGCUACAGCCAUGCUACUCCCCCAGCCCUCUGUCUCGCUACACUUCCUCCUCCUCCACCUUCGCUUUCCUCUCCUCCACCAGUAAUCACUCCACCUCUGACUCUGGAGACAGCAGGAGUAGGACUGGGAGUGCAGGACCAGGACCUAGAGGGAAGGAGGACUGGCCCCAGAAGGAGACUGAGGGUGUGACUGACCAGCAACAGGGUAUACCAGUGUUUCCAGGGCAGGACUCAGAGGAGGGGUUGUACUACCACAGCAUCCUGCAGGCCGUACAGAAGUGGUUCAGUCAGUUUGGCUGGCCCCGUGGACCAAACCCAAUCUCUCUACCACGCUCUCUCAGAAGGGUGGUAUGUAGAGUCCAGACAGUAGACUCCAGCUCUAGUGAGUGGAGGAACUCGUACCUUAUGAGUCAAGGUAAAGACACACGGACCAUCUACGACAUGCUGCGUCACCUGAGCGGACAGACACUUCCUGGUGUGAGCACCAACCAAUCGCUGCCCUGCUACCUCACUGAGCGCGUGCAGCAGCUGCUCCACUGGAACACAGUGCUGCUGGCCUUCCUCAGGAGGCAGGGAGCCUGUCUGUCCCACAUCAGACCCGAGUACCUGUUAGACUCCCAGGAGUUCAGCCACUGGAGCUCUCUACAGGCCCAGUCCCAGUGUGAUCAGAGGGGGCUGGACUACAGCAGCAAGGUCUUUGAAUCCCUCAGUAAAAGGGCCUGGAUGGAUGUUCUACUGCAGACCUACAAGGUGCUAGUCCUGCCGCGGGUGACAGAGGGUCCCUUGUCCCUGGGCCUCCAGAGCUGUGACAGUGGCAGCAUGGAGGAGCAGGUCCCCAGGAUAGACCCAAAGCCCCUGACCUCUAACGUCUACUCCACCUGGGAGAGGAGGCUACUCACCUGGCUCAACCUGCACUACCACAGCAUGAGGACUACCGUCUGGAGCCCACUCACCUCUACAGGAGACGUCCCAUCAGCCCGCUGGGUGGUGAACUUUGACCUGGACCUGGCAGACGGCCUGGUUCUGGCUGCUGUGCUGGCUGCCUACUGUCCCUUUCUGAUCCCCAGUCAUCUCCAGAGGAUGUACACCAGCAUCAGCCGCCUGGAACAGAACCUCCACAACAGUAUCAUCCUCAGCCAGGCCUUCACACUGCUCUGUCUGGACAUAGACAUCCAGCCCACAGAGCUGUCAGACUCGAACCCUGUUCUGAUGUUGAUGCUGUGUGUUUACCUGUAUGAGACGCUGCCCCAGUACCUUCCCAGGAGAACCAUCACCCUGUCUGGCAGCCUGCACCACACCUUCACCAAGCAGGUGCGUCUGAAGAGCCCGUCCUCCAGAACGAUGUUCUACCAUGCCUCCAUCGUAGGGAAGGAGGCCCAUCAUUUCUCCUUGCCCCAAGGAGCUUCCAUCACCAUCCCUCCUAAGGGGCGUUGUGUGGAGGUGACCGUGCAGUACUCCUGUUCCUUCCUGAGGCCAAUGGAGGCGGUGCUACUGCUGACAUCACGCUCUGCCUCCUCAGCCAGUCCCUCUGGAGCCACUCUGGCCUUCAGCCUCAAGACCCAGGUCACACACAUCACCCCCAGCGGGAUAGUGAAGUGUAAAUCUCCAUGUUACCAGCUGAAGAAGCUCCAACUUAAAGUAAAAAACCCUUUCAGCAAGGAUGCCACUUUCAGGGUGGUGUUGGUGGAGUCCAAAGCCAACAUACUGCAGGUGGAGAAGAGUCAGGAGAGCCUCAUUCAACAGUUCUCCUUUAGGACCAACCCCAGCUCAGACAACAACACCAGGUUGGUGAGCAGGUGUAUCUUGUGGAGGGACAGCAGAUCUUCCCCUGUCCUCCCCUCUGACCACAAGCCCAGUCCUAAUGUAGUCCAUGUUAGCAGCGCCACCUCUAUGGUGCUGAUCCCCAGGCCUGGUGUGUUUCGUAUGCCCGUGUGUCUGCUAGAGGUGCUGAUCCCAGCCUGUGUGUUUUCCGCCUGCGGUGAACCUGCGUUGCGGCGUGGGCAGCACCUGGAUGAGGUGGUGUGUGUCCCCCUGGUUAAAUGGGCUGUUGGAGCGGGCGCUGGCCACCGUGGGCAGCAGAGGAUGAGCCCUGUGGAGAAGAAGAGGCGCCAGCCUCACACACACUCUGGACAGCUGAGCACCGUCCGGGCCGGGGUGGUGGCCGCUGCACUCACCACCUCACAGUCCCUGCUGGUCCCUGGUCCAGUCCAGUCCCAGGUGGUAGAGUACAGUGUGGAUGUUUCUCUCCCGGAACACUUCCUCCUGCCUCAUACCAUCACUCUGCCUGUGGCCAGGGACGCACGGGUCACACAGGACAACCUCACAGACUCUGAGGUGGUGAUGGUACCACUGAGGUUCCAAGCCCACGUGGCCGGUCGGUUCCGGUGCCAGCUGGUUCUGCAGUCGUGGCGUGACAUCAGAGUCUACCUGCUGGAAGCCGUGGUUACCGCAGAGGGAGACCACGCCCAGCUAGAGUUCACCACGCCCGCUCACCUGUCUGUCACUCAGGACAUCCCUCUGAUCAAUGAGAGCAGACAGGACUGGCAUCUGCGAGGCUUGGUUAGUGGCUGUGGCUUCUACGGCCCUCCUGUGGUGUACAUACGGGCCGGGGAGAAGACCUGUUACCCCCUUACCUUUAGACCCACCACACAGAGCAUCGUCACGGGCAGGCUGUCCUUGCUGAAUGACACAGAUGGGACGGAGCACAGCUUCACCCUGAGAGGGGUGGGGGAGCGGUCCCUACCCCUUGACCACGUGGUGAUACACUGCUCUGUCAGACAGGUCACACACAGCACCCUGCAGGUCCCCAACUACAGCCAGCACCCCCUCACCUGUCAGGUGGUAUCAGACCUCUCCAUCGUCAGUGGACCGCCCACCUUGGACAUCAAACCAGGUCACACCGUGCCCUACACCGUGUCUGUGUCACCAUGGAAACGAGGGAAACAUACAGGGUCCAUGUCAUUCCUAGCCGUGGAGAGUGAGACAGGAACAGGGAAUGAGUCCAGGCAAUAUGAGGUGUGGUUCUCUAUAGAGGUCAUAUGUGAUGCUGCUCCUCCCCUGAAGGUGCUGGCUGUGCACUGUGCUGUUCAGAGCUCUGUUGCCGUGGAGAUCCCCCUUAGUAAUCCGGAGGCGGAGCCGCUUGAGCUGUGGGUGUGUCUGGAGGGAGAGGACCUGAGUGGAGACACCCUGGUGUGUGUCCCUCCCCAGAGCAGUCUCAACUACACAGUCACCUUCUCUCCUGCUGUAGUAGGGAAGAGAACAGACAGUGUGGUCUUCCAGUCGGAGCUGGUGGGAGAGUUCUGGUACCAACUGGACCUGCUGGCCCAACCUCCUGUCCUCACCACCUUACCACAGAGCAGCUGUGAACUGGGAAAGUGGACCAGGCUGUACAUCCCACUGGUCAACCCCACAGACGAGACACUGGAGCUGGGCACGGUCAACAGCAACCCUCGCAACUUCACCCUGGAGCUGGAUACCAGCAGACCACUCAUCAUAGCACCACACUCGUCCACCCAGGUUCCUGUCCGUUUCAGCCCAUCAACCAUCGGAGCUGGAAACCACACAGCCAAGAUCUCCUUCACCUGCUCUCAGUUAAAACAGUGGAGCUUCCAGCUGUGUGGUGAAGGCCUGACCCCUGGGAGGAUGGAGCCUCUGUCUGUAGCCUCCCCUGUGGGAUCUCAUUCCUCCAUCAUCCUCCCCUUCAGGAACCCUACUGAACACCCAGCCCUGCUGCACCUCAGACUCACAGACGAGGAGCCCGGUCAGAAGAGAUCAAGCCAGUCCUUCAUCUGUGACAGGAAAGUGUUCUGCAUCCCCCUCAAACAGACACAAGGUGUGCGUGUGUCUGCGGGGGCCAGUGUGGACAUUCCUGUGGUGUUUGCCCCUGACUCCAUGCAACUGCACCAGGCCUGGCUCCUGGUUCAGCUAGAGCCCCUCUUCAACCUCCCCCGCCUGGACUCACCACUCACCACGGCCCAGAGGGACAAGUGUGUGGAGGUAGAGAAGGACCGGGUGCGUUUGGUCUCCUGGGUCUACCCCAUCCAUGGCAUCCCAGAGGCCCCUCCUGAACCCUCUUAUCCAGCGGUGAUAGAAUGUGAGGCUCGCGGUCGAGUGGAGGAGAGAGUGGAGGUGCUGUUGACGGGAUGUGUUCCUGGCUCCUCCGUCAGCAACACAGACUCAACUCUCAUCAGGGCCCCCUCCUCCGUCAGCAACACAGACACAACUCUCAUCAGGGCCCCCUCCUCCGUCAGCAAUACAGACACAACUCUCAUCAGGGCCCCUUCCUCCAUCAGCAGCACAGACACAACUCUCAUCAGGGCCCCCUCCUCCAUCAGCAACACAGACACAACUCUCAUCAGGGCCCCCUCCUCCAUCAGCAACACAGACACAACUCUCAUCAGGGCCCCCUCCUCCAUCAGCAACACAGACACAACUCUCAUCAGGGCCCCCUCCUCCAUCAGCAACAUAGACACAACUCUCAUCAGGGCCCCCUCCUCCAUCAGCAACACAGACACAACUCUCAUCAGGGCCCCCUCCUCCAUCAGCAACACAGACACAACUCUCAUCAGGGCCCCCUCCUCCAUCAGCAACACAGACACAACUCUCAUCAGGGCCCCCUCCUCCAUCAGCAACACAGACACAACUCUCAUCAGCGCCCCCUCCUCAGCAGCAGGCUUCAGGCUGGCUCUAGAAGACUUCCUAUGUGAGGUGUGUUAUAACAGUGAUGCUGAGCGGUCCCAGCUGGAGGGCUGUGUAACCCUGUCUCUACUGAACUGUCACAGAGACCCCCACUCUGGCAUCGUCUCUCUCACCAUCAACAUCAUCUUCACCCCUUACAAACCUCUCAGGUGUUCAGCUGUCCUGGCGGUUCAGUGUUUGACAGGUGGGCUCUGGAAGUUUCCCAUCAGCCUCAUCUCCACCGAGCCGCAGGUUGAUGAUGUCAUCACCAUUAAUGCUGCAGGGCUACACAAGACCUCUGCUGUGGGCUUCAGACUGACCAGCCAGACCAGGUACCCAGAGCCGUUCACAGCAGGGUUUCUGCCAGGUGGGGGCAGUGAGUUCCAGGUGUGUCCCUCCUCAGGUGAGCUCCUCCCAGUGGGGUCAGCCGGUACCCUCCUCACCGUCUCCUUCACCCCCUCCAUGUACAGCAAGAGACACCACGCUACGCUGCUGGUCCAGACAGCAGACAUGCAGUGGACGUACGAGGUGAAAGGAACCACACCUGCUUACACCCCACCCCACUCUGCCUCCUCCAAUGGGAACACCUCUUCCAGGGAACUCCCUCCCACUGAUGUCCGCCAGAGGAACUUUGUGUCCCGGAACCUUCAUCUCCCAGCCGUGGCGAACUCCUCCCCCAUCAAACACAGAGCCUCCGCCUCGCAGAUCAGAUAGAGAGAUCAUUCUCACACUACACCCCCACCCCAUUCCUGUGUCAUUGAAAUGAUCAUACAGGAGGUUUGAAUAAUUAAAGUGCCUGUACUUCA